CCCAAAUUAAACAAAAAAGAAGGUUUAAAUCGACCCUCUAAAAAAAUCCGCCGUUCGUUUUAAUACUUAUUUUUCAUCUAAUGUUGUAAGGUGAAGUGCGUGUGUUGUUUGCAGAUAUUUGCUUCACUACCUUCAUGAAUGUGGAGCUAUCAAGUUUCUGAUUUCUCCCACAAGGUUCUUUUUUGAGUUUCUGAUUUGUGGAAUGACGAUUCUGAUUCAUUGGCUCUUAAGCUCUCUAAAAUUAAAUUAUGAAUGUUUUAUGAUCCAACAAUAUUAUCUGUAGGAACUGUGAAUUUUAUAAUUGAAAUCAUAAUUAGAAAUUUUUCAUGAACAGAUUAAAACAAAUUCAUGCACAUAGCCUAAGAAAUGGCAUUGACCAGACGCAAUACCUUCUAACGGAGCUUCUACAAAUCCCCAACAUCACUUACGCCCAAAACUUGCUCAACCUUACUUCCAAACCUACGGCCUUCUUCUACAACAAGCUUAUUCAAGCCUACUCUGCUCAAAACCAACCUCACCGCUGUUUCUCCCUGUAUACUCGAAUGUGUUUCAAUGGUUGCCCGCCAAACCAAUUCUCCUUCACCUUCCUCUUUUCUGCAUGCGCUUCCUUCCCCUCCCCUCUUUACGGCCAAAUGCUCCACACCCAAUUUUUUAAAUCGGGUUUCGGACAUGAUUCCUUCCCAUUGACCGCUUUAAUUACCAUGUAUUCGAAGUUUGGUAAGUUAAAGCUUGCGCGCCAGGUGUUCGAUGAAAUGAGUAUGAAAGAUUUGCCCAUUUGGAAUUCGAUGAUCACGGGUUACGCGAGGUGCGGGGAUAUGGACGGAGCUUUGGAAUUGUUUAGAUCAAUGCCCAAUAGGAAUUUGGUUUCCUGGACCGCAAUGAUAUCUGGGUACUCGCAGACUGGAAAGUACGCGGAAGCAUUAGCCAUGUUCUUGAGCAUGGAAACGGAGGAAAGCACGAUUAACCACGUUACCAUAGCUAGCGUGCUUCCAGCCUGCGCAAGUCUUGGGGCACUGGAGGUUGGAAUGAGGAUUGAAACGUACGCGAGGAAUAAGGGGUUUUUCAAGAAUCUGUACGUGAGCAAUGCUGUACUGGAAAUGUACGCAAGAUGUGGUAGAAUUGAUGAAGCUAGGCGAGUGUUUGAUGAUAUUGGCAACAGAAGAAAUUUGUGCUCAUGGAACUCUAUGAUCAUGGGCUUGGCUAUCCAUGGAAAAUCCUGCGAAGCUCUUGAACUUUACAAUGAAAUGCUGAUGGAAGAAACAGCACCAGAUGAUGUAACAUUUGUGGGUUUGCUGCUAGCAUGCACUCAUGGAGGCCUGGUUGUACAAGGCAGACAGCUAUUCAAGUGGAUGAGUGAAAAGUACCGUAUUAAUGCUAAACUAGAGCACUACGGAUGCAUGGUUGAUCUUUUAGGCCGUGCUGGGGAGCUGCAAGAAGCUUAUGAUCUCAUAAAAAGCAUGCCAAUGAAACCAGAUUCUGUUGUGUGGGGAGCUCUUUUGGGAGCCUGCAACAUAUAUGGCAAUGUUGAGAUAGGUGAAAUAGCAGCCGAGUCACUCUUCAAGCUUGAACCAUGGAAUCCAGGGAAUUACGUUAUACUGUCAAAUAUAUAUGCAUCGAAAAGCAGAUGGGACAGGGUUUCGAAGCUGAGGAAGGUGAUGAAGUCCAGCCAAAUAACAAAAGCAGCUGGAUACAGUUUCAUUGAAGAGGGGGGCAAGGUUCAUAAGUUCAUUGUGGAGGAUAAAUCACAUCCAAGAUCUAACGAGAUAUAUGAAGUGUUGAAUGAAGUUUGGAGCAAGAUGAGGCAAGAAAAGAGGGCUGCUAAUUUUGAUUUGGAGCUUGAAGAAGUGUUCAUGAUGGAGUAAAACAGGUCAAAUUUUUCGCUGUAAAACUAGGAUAGGAUAAGCAGCUGAAAAAAUUUAUGAUAGAGUAUAACCUGAAACCAAACAUACAGCUAUCUCCUCUUUUAUCUGUAGCAAUACCUAUCUAACAAUUUAUGGAAGGAAUAAUUGCCAGCUCUGUUUCAGU